AUGCUUCAACGACUCCCACCAGAAAUAUUCUUGUUGAUCUCGCCGCUUCUGGACAUCAAAAGCCGAAGGGUCCUCUCCAGCUUGUCCAAGCGGUGUCGAAAUAUGAUGGUGGACAGGCUAUUCGCCCACAUUCAUCUUGCUGGUCAUGUUGAUACAAUUCUCGAUACCCUCCACGAGUUCAUCUCAGGCCAAAGAUUCUUCGACAUCAAAGACGUCAGGAAAUGCGUGAGCCGACGUGGGAGACCCAGGAACAAUCACGACGAACUCGCUCGCAAUCUUGUGUCUUGUGUCCUUGCGAUGAACGAUCUCCACACACUUUCCCUCAAUCUCGGCGGCGUGACCCGAGCCUUGGAGCCACAUAUAAUCGACGCUAUACAUAAAGACCGGAAGUGGAACAUUGCCAGCUUGAGAUUCUUUGCUCCGUACAGAAACAUCCCGAAGACAAUCUUGGAGCACUGCCAGAAUAACACUCUCGAGUCCCUCCACGUAUACACGGGAGAAUCUUCGUCAGAGAUCGUGACAGCCGCCGAAUACCAUCCGAGCUUGAAGAGACUGCAUCUCUCAGUCCUGCCAAACACCGGUACGAUGAUCGCGUCAAUGGGCUUCGCCAAAUACCAUCCGGGCUUGAAGAGACUGCAUCUCUCAGUCCCGCCAAACACCGGCACGAUGAUCGCGUCAAUGGACUUCGCCAGGUUGAAAUCUUUAUCGACCAAAUUUCCAGACCUGGAGUGGCUGGCCUUGGACGAGAAGUGGAGUCUUCAAAGAUUCACUCCUGGCGGGUACAGUGCUGUCCAGUUUCGAAAAGACCAGAGGCGGUUAGCGAGGGGCCUUUUGCGAUUCAAAAAGUUGAAACGGGUUGCCUUUACCGUUCAUAAGGAGGGACUCGGGCGAAAGCUGAUCGAAAACAACGACAGCCACCAUGGACGGCCGGAACAGUUGACGCCCCUUGAACAGAAACGUUGGUACAGAAAGGUGAUCUGCAAACUUGCAGGUGACUGCCCGAACCUCGAGGAGAUAUGUGUCAUGGUCAAGUUUCCUGAAUUCUACAGAGGAACAAGAGGUCGGGAGGGUCAGGCGAUGGUGGUUAGGCGCCGAAACGUUUAUCAGGUAUCACCCAAAGAUGGAUUCUCGGUUGGAUUAGAGUACAGUUUAUCACCAAAAUAA